GACAGUUACGAGGCCAUUGCAGCAGCAGCGUAGGGAGCGGAGACGGGGAAACGAAGCAGCGAUGCUUUGCCUCGCUCAGGUAGGCUAACCUUCGAGCGACACAUUUUAAAAGCAAGGUCGCCGAAUUCUUUGUCUUUGUGCUGACAUUCGAGGGGCGUUUAUUCAACAAGACUGAAGACCACCGAGGAUCCGAUCAUUUGAAGACAUUGGCUGUUUUGCCUCGGUGGACACCCAGGGUCUGUCGAGGAUGCCAUUGUCAAUGCGCGGAGAUGGUGUGCCCAAAAGGUGAAUAACGCGGGGGAGUUUUACCUUAGAAAGGUGACUUUUCGAUUUAAUGCAGUUGUUUACUUCUGUCAAGAAACACAUUUUCCACAACAUUGGUCAUUGAGGGCUUAAUCGAAAGAUGUUCGUGUCAAAUGUAUUGAAUAGCACUGUUGAGCCACUGGUCAAGUCAAAUGAUUAGCUUAGUUUCCGACGCUAAUCCUCACCGAUACCAUGUCUUCAUUACGGAACAAAGGAUUGUGAUCAAGAACACGACGGUGCUGUCUUUUUCCGAUUUUUUCCCUACCAACAAAACACGAGAAUGGAGCCGUUUUUACAGAUCGCGCCCCAUUCUCUUGCCAUUGUGCUCGCGCGGACAGGAGGAGAUGACUCGCCAGGUGUUACCGAGAGCGACGCCCCACCGCAUCAUCACACAGGUUACGAGAUAUUCGCGGAUUUCAAAUCAGAGAACAUGCAACAUUUUUGGAAUAAAAUGGUAUCAGAUGCCAUAGCUGAGACGUUUUUCCUUGGCUGGAUUGACGAACACGUGCUGUUGAUCCAAGGCAAAGAGGAUCACCUGGAGGUUCUACGAGAGGGCUGGAUGAGGCGAACUCUGAAACCGCCGCAGGGCUUCGAUAUAAAGUACUUGGGUGAUGUGUCUCCCAUCAGCAUGUCGCCCAUCAGCCAGUCCCAGUUCAUCCCGCUGGGGGAGAUCCUGUGCCUGGCCAUCUCGGCCAUGAACGCCGCCCGCACACCUGUCACGCAGGAGAGCCUUGUCGAGCAUCUGGCGGCAUGCUUCCCAGGUGUGCCCACGCCUAGCCCGGAGAUCCUGCGGCACACGCUGAACGUGUUGGUGCGCGAGCGCAAGAUCUACCCCAGUCCCGAGGGCUACUUCAUCGUGACGCCGCAGACGUACUUCAUCACGCCGUCCCUCAUCCGCAGCAGCAGCAAGUGGUACCACCUGGACGAGCGGAUACCUGAGCACCUGCAGCAGCAGCAGCUGCAGCAGCAUCAGCACCAGCUGCACCAGCAGCAGCAGCAGCAGCAUCAGCAGCAGCAGCCUCAGCCGUUGCAGCCGCUGCAGUCGCCGCAGCAGUGCACGUCCCCGUACUCGGGCACCAUGACGCCGUCCUCCUCGGGGUGCGUGAGGGAGCGCUCCCACCACAAGAGCCACGGCGAGCCGUCGUACCUCGUCGGCUACCGGGAGGAGGCUCCCGUCCACCACCACCACCAGCAGCAGCAGCACCACUCGUCCUCCACCUUGCAAAGGAGGGCGGCGAAGGAGCACCGGGACCUCCACCCGUCGCCCCCGACGCAGCAACACCACCAGGCUCCGCCCGCCGCCACCGAGAAGAGCAAGAGCACCCUCAGCUUUCCGUUCAAGAACGACACCCUGGGCAAACACAAGGACAGCGGCAGCAGCAGCACCGGCUGCGGCGGCGGCGGGAGCGAGAAGCAGUCCAAGAAGUUCGGCCUCAAGCUCUUCCGCCUCAGCUUCAAGAAGGACAAGACCAAGCAGCUGGCCACCUUCUCGGCGCAGUUCCCGCCCGAGGAGUGGCCGCUGCGCGACGAGGAGACGCCCACCACGGUGCCGCGCGACGUGGAGAUGGAGAUCAUCCGGCGGAUCAACCCGGACCUGACGGUGGAGAACCUGGCCAGGCACACGGCCGUGAUGAAGAGGCUGGAGGAGGAGAAGGCCCAGCGCAGCAAGGCCAGCUCCUCGGCGCAGCAGAGCGGCCGCAGCAAGCGCAGCCGCAGCCACCGCAAGGCGCUGCAGCAGCAGCAGCAGCAGCAGCAGCAGCAGCAGGGCAAGGCCUCGCGCUCCCACAGCAAGACGCGGGUGUCCCGGGGCAACCCGUCCGAGGGCUCCAACCUGGACCUGGCGGCGGGCGGGGAGCAGCGGGAGUACCGGGACUACCGGGACUACCGCUUCUACAGCUCCUCGCUGGUGCGCUCGCCGCGCGAGGCCAUGUACUCCAUGGAGCGCAACCGCGGCAAGCACAUGGUGCACAGCAACCCCAACAUCGUGGAGUCGCACUUCACCACGGCGCCCGAGUGGGACGUGUCGGGCGAGCUGGCCAAGCGCCGGACGGAGGUGCCCUUCCCCGAGCCGUCCAGGGCCGCCUCCAACCACCACUCCAAGGUCCACCGCAGCCACAGCCACACGCAGGAGAGGAAGUCGCGCAACGAGCGCUCGGAGAAGGCCAAAGAGAGGUCCCGCUCCAUGGACAACUCCAAAGGCCCGCUGGGGGGCCCCUUUCUGGACAUGCCGGAGGAUUUUGAGUGCAGCCCCGAAGACGGGAGCCGGUACUACACCGACGACGGGACUCUGCGGGCCUCGGCCCAGGUCGCCCACUUCUCCCGGGGCCUGCUCUCCGCUGCUAAUUUGAGUCCGGACGUUUUUGUGCCUGACAUGGGCAGGGCUGCGCUGGAGAGCGCCGGCUUUUGCCAGCCCAUGCAAAAGAGCAAGAGCAGAGACAGUUUGCCGGUCUACGCCACAGACCUGAAAACCGGUUCCCCGAAGCCAUCUGGCGCCGACGAGAACUACGACCAGUGCAAUGCGCUGAGCGAAGGGGUCCUGUCCUGCGGACCUUCCCCACACGACUUUGCAAUGGACGCCCUGCGAAUGGGCAUGCACUCUGAACGACAGACCCCCCUCCUCACCUCCCACCAUCCUGUGGAUUAUAAAGACGACACUGCAAAGGGACAGGGGGGCCCCAAGUCCCUACAGGUGCCUAGUCAGACACUCGAACCCUUGCCAAAUGGCAGAUAUUCGCACCAGCCCCCUUCCGACUCGAGCAAGGCGGACAAAAUGGUGGACGUCUUCAACCAGGACAUGCUGCUCAAACCCCCCGACUUCGUGGACAGUGGGUACCCGGAGCUCGGCACGCUUUGCACGAACGCCACGACACACACCAAGGCCCCGGACGUCGCCCCCGGUGACGGGCAGGAGCGGUUUGAGAAGCCCCGCUCCGUGCCUCCCUCGCCAGGUCGGGGGGAGCAGCAGCAGCAGCAGCAGCAACAGCAGCAGCAGCAGCAGCAAGCGGCGUGUGCGGACCCCGGCGCCAACAACACCUUCGACUACUACAACGUGUCGGACGACGACUCGGAGGAGACGUCGCGCAAGGCGGCGCGCGAGGAGAAGGCGCACGAGGGGGGCGGCACCAUGCAGUGGCUCCUGGAGAGGGAGCGCGAGCGCGACCUCCAGCGCAAGUUCGAGAAGAACCUCACCUUCCCGGGCCCCAAGGAGAGCGACAACGGCAGCAGCCAGAAGUCGGCGCACUCCACGCGGCUCGACAGCAUGGACAGCAGCAGUGUGACUGUGGACAGUGGAUUUAACUCACCACGCACGCGGGAGAGCCUGGCCUCCAACACGUCCAGCAACGUGGAGAGUAACAGGCGACAGAAUCUCGCCUUGAGCCCUCGACACACCAGCGGCAACCCCCCACCCUACCCUUAUCGACACCCACCCGACGCACCCAACACUCGAACUGAGAGGACUCAAAAAGCAUCCAUCACAAGUGUAUAAAUUUCACUGAACUCCAAAAAAACAGGGGUAGGAAUUGGGUGGGAGAGACUCCAUUAGACAUGAACACCCUCCAAAACAACACCUCUCAAGCUGCCCCAUGUCUAAGAAAAAAAACGAAAUACCAGCAAAAGCCAGUGUUUAAGAAAUGGCUUUUUUGUGGGUGCUCUGAAUGCCAUGUAACAUUGUAUACACUGACAUUUCAAAAUGAAAUACAGCAUAACAUUUGUAUGGAAAUCAUCUGACUUCUUUAGACCCCUGUAUGAGCCACCGUGCACGGCCUAUUGUAAUCUACGGGUAAACCCUCACUGACUUAGCCACGUUUAUUUGAACCGUUUUCUGUAGUGUAUUUGGCAUAAACCGUCUCAAGUCUCACUUUUUUUUUUUUUUUUUUCCAUCUUUCAAUGGGUUGAGUCCGAAAAUGAUCCUCUCAGGUCAGAUGUAGUCACACUUCAGCACACUUGUCACAAACGUUUUUUUGUCAGGUGCGCAGAGCCACAAAACCAACUCACUCAUCGCCACAGAUGCUGGAAGUUUCUCUCCCCUUGCCUGCUGUCUGAUGUGUCGCCAUACAAAUGCGUUGGGGUCGCUCACUUGCCCUUUGCUUCAAACACCGAUUGUUCAGGCUGUAUUGCUGAGAACAGUACUGCUGCUGUGGUCUAUGUGGAUAAACUCUUUUCUGAGGACUUACAGUAUGUUUACAUUUUUAUUUAUUUAUUUUGUAGACACAUCCCACACGUCUCAGUAGCUGUAUGUAAAUAUAUUUCAUCAAGUCCCAUGGUGACUUAAAGGCCCAAAUGCAUUUAACACAAGGUAUUUUGUGUCUCUAAAUCGAUAAUCAUUUCUCGGGAACGGUCAUUAUUGUUUUUUGAAUCACCUUGUGUAUAUUGUCCGUUUUGUUCCCUCCUGUCACCAGAACCAGAUUCAUUCCACAUUUACAAAGAAAAUAAGUCGAUUCACUUGAAUGAUUCACUUUCAAACAGAGGUAAAGGUCUGUACUCGAUCAGAGGUCCUUCUCCAUAGGCUGUGAUGCCUUUUUGAACAGCAUCAUGUGGAUAGACCAUCUCAUUUAAAAGCAUGGAGAAUUUUCUUGACUAUUAAGUGCACCAAGUAUUUACCUCAUCAGACCAAGUAAACAGACUUGAAAUGUUUUGAUACAACGCCCUCCUGGUGCUAAAUUCAUUAAACACCUUACUCUCUCCAAACUAAACCCAGCUUAAUCCUGAUACUUGUUCCUUUUUUAAUUUGACAUUUGAAUUUGCAUGUUUGGAUCUGAUCUCAGAUACCUUGCUGAACUACACGACGGACCUACACUGAUUAUUGCACACAAGUCUACCUCCUCGCUGUGUACGAUGGCAAAGAGAAAGCCAAGAGUGUUGGUUUUUCCCGGUCAAACGAAUUCACUUGUCAGCCUGUAUCCUCUGAAUGUGACUGAUUCACAAAUGGACCUUUAUUUAAAAAAAAGAAAACAGCUCACUAGUCAUGUCAAGUGCUAUUGUUUCCUGUUCUAAUCCUCACAGUCGUAGUGAUCUAGUGGUGAACUAUCAGACCAAGGUAUGGCACCCUUUAAUGGUCAUGUUAGGGUUGAACACUUCAACUCUCUACUUGCAUAGGGAUCCAUGCCCAGUUCUUCUUGGAUGGAUAUUUCUUUAAAAAAGAUAAAAUAAAAAUAAAACACAUUUUUAAACAUAUAUUAAGAAUGGACAAAUUCCCAUUUGCAACAAUAUUUCUGUCCGCUGUGUAUUUUCCUGCCAUAAAACUUAAAUUUUAGGAGUGCAAAUAUAGCUUUCAACUGUUUGUUCACUACAGUCCACUAUAUUCACUGCAUUUAUAGUGACUCCUUCAAAUAAAAUUGUUUUGUUGCCAGGAAUGCCUUGUAACACAUUUGCACUAAACAACCUGGCCUCUGGUAAACAUACAAAUCCAUCCAAGAAGGAUGUCCUGUUUUUAAUGAAAAUGUUUCAUAUGAAAUAGCCUACAGAUUGUCCAUGGAACGUCUUCCCUUAACGUUACGGAUUUCUAAUACUGCUCAGCAAACAUGGUGUCAUGAUGUUUCUCUGUCAUGGUUAGUAUAUUAAAGUAAAAGAGGGAUUUUUGUAAUGUCUAUAAUAUUCAAGUCCCUAUCUGUGUAGUUUUGGUGUUUACUGUAAUAGUGUAAACAGUAUGAUCUAC